AUGCCGCUCUUCCACCUCGCCCCAUGCGCUCGCCCCGCCGCCGGGCGCGCCGCGUCCCGCUUUUCCGGGGCGGUGGUCGCCGCCAGCGGCGCCGGAGGAGCGCGUCCUCCGAAGGCGCCCCCGCGGCGCCCGCGCGGCAAGCCCCGGUUCUCGCGGCAGUCGGCCAUCAAGAAGAGCUUCCAGCAGGAGCAGGUGGUCUUCUCCACCCCCGUGCCCGCCGACCCCACCGUCGCCAUCAUCGGAGGCGGAGCCUCUGGCCUCGCCUGCGCGUCCGCCCUCGCCGCCCGCGGCGUCCGCGCCGUCGUAUUCGACACGGGUAUGCACGGCUUAGGUGGCAGGAUGGCGACCAGGAUGGUCGACGACGGGCGGCGGCUGGUGUUCGACCACGCGGCACAGUUCUUCACCGCGAGCGACCAGAGGUUCCAGGAGCUGGUCGAUGAGUGGGUCGAGAAAGGGUUGGCCCGCGAAUGGAGGGGCUCGAUCGGUGAGCUCGAGGCAGGUGGCCAUUUCACAGCUAUACCUUCCUCGACGCCAAGGUAUAUCGGCGUGAGAGGAAUGCGCCCGCUUGCCGACGCAAUGCUGCCCGAGAAUGACCUGAUUAAAGUUGUAAGGCCUUCCUGGAUAAGCAAGCUUGAGCCGUUCAACGGCCUGUGGCGCUUGUUUGAGAAUGAGAAGCCCCAGGGUCAAUAUGAUGCCGUUGUAAUAGCACACAAUGGUCAGUGCAAAUUUCGUUUCAAUAUUGUUUCUCUUUAUUGCCAGUUUCUUUAA